GUGAGAAAAAAUAUUUUUGUGGGCAAACUGUCGUCCUGGAGUGAUGCUCAGACAUACUGCAGGACGUAUUAUGAAGACCUGUCGACCAUUAACACAUCAUGGGACUUUCUAAAGUUCAAAAAAGAUGCAGCAGAGCAUCUUUCUAAGGAAUGUUGGGUCGGCCUUUAUAAGAGUUCAGAAGCAAUGGUCUAUACUGAGUGGUCUGAUGGAAGCCCUUUAGGACUUACUUUGUGGAAACUUGGCGAACCAAAUGUCAUGAACAAUUAUGGCUGUGUGAGUAUACAAAAUAUGGAAUUGUCUACUUAUAACUGUAACCAACAUAUGAAGUUCUUCUGCUACAAAUGGGUGCCCCAGAUGGUCUUGGUGGAGAUGAUGAUGAACUGGGAAGAGGCACUGCAGUACUGCAGAACACAUUACACUGACCUGGUAAGUGUGCCCACCGACAAAGACCUGCAAGUGGCCAAAUCGACGAGCAUGACCAGUCAGACUCCCAGAGUUUGGACAGGCUUGCGCUACAUGGAUGGCUCAUGGUUCUGGGUGAAUCAGGAUCCUCUGGGGAACGUGACCUCGGUUCCCUCAUGCCCCAUGAGACCUUUCCAUUGUGGAGCUCUAAGUGCUGGAGAUGAUGUCUGGGAGAACAGAGACUGCAAUGAGAAAAUGAACUUCCUUUGCAACUCCUAAAAAGCGUAAGUUACUUAAAUACCAAUAUUCAGUCCCUUAGUAUUAAAAUGUAAAAAUAUGAUGUACACUAUUGGUAUUUAUGAUAUUAUCCUAUAUGAACAUCCUUUUUUUUUUUUUUUUUUUUGACAAUCCUAUUAAGUGACGAUUCUUUCUCACAAGGUCUCUGCAAUCGAAAAAUGGGACCAGAUGGAACAACAAAGAAGAAGAAGACACUGGCCUAUAUAAUGCAUGUCAAUCUGUUAUAUUUUGUCUAGAUUCAGGUUUGUGUGGUAGCAGCCAGAACUAAUGAUUUACAGAAAUCAUUAAAUAUUUAUCCUAUUAUUGUCUGGUAGAUAUGAUACAUGAUAUAUUUCAUAACAAUAGUCUCAUAUAAACAUUUUAGUAGCACCUGU